AUGGCGCACAGUGCGACUCUCGCCGGCGGAUUGUGCUGCCGUAGUAGCCCGGCGAAGUCGUCCUCCCCCCGCGCUCGCCGCCCUUCCUCUCCCUCUUCUACUUCUCUCUCUUCCCCCUUCUCUGCUGCUCACUCUUCUCUCUCCUCCUCGCACUCCCGCUGCUUCGGCGACGCCGUCCAAGUCCGGCCGAGUCGUCCCGGGGGAGGCCGCGCCGUGAAGGUUCGUGCCACCGAGCUUGCGGCGGAGACUUUUCCGGCGAUCUUCCCGUGGCCGUCGUUGAGGCUGACUCAAUGCUCUCCUUCUUUUCUGUGCCUGGAGCAGAAGUCGAAGGUGCGAUGUUCGGCAGGAAGGCCUCUGAAGGUCAUGAUCUCCGGCGCUCCCGCCUCGGGGAAAGGCACCCAGUGCGAACUGAUCGUCAAGAAGGUGAUCUCCAUCUCUGCUUCAUCUCAGAUUCUUCUGGCUCAUUGUUCAGCAUUUCCUUCGUGAUUUCUCGAUCCAUCUGGUUUCGCUCUUACAGUACGGGCUGGUACAUAUAUCAACGGGGGAUCUCUUGAGGGCUGAAGUCUCGGCUGUCAGCGAAAUCGGGAAGAAGGCGAGGGAGUACAUGGAGAACGGGCUUCUGGUUCCUGAUGAAAUUGUGACAGAGGUGAUGAAUGCCACGCACUCCCCGGCAUGGCUUACCUUCGAGCUUGAUGUUUCUCUGAACUCUGUUUUGAAUUCAGAUGGUGGUGUCGCGUCUGUCACGAGAGGAUGUGAAGGAGAAGGGAUGGCUUCUGGACGGCUACCCUAGGAGCCCCGCGCAGGCAGAAAGCCUCGAGAGACUCAGAGUUCGACCCGACAUAUAUAUUGUUCUAGAGGUUUGUUCCUGCCAUUUCUUCUUCUUCUUCUUCUUCUUCUUCUUCUUCUUCUUCUUCUUCUCUCUCUCUCUCUCUCUCUCUCUCUUUUUCUCUUAACCACAGUGCCGAUCAGAUUUCCAUGACUAAAACACCAGCUUCUGAGAAUAAUUACUCACUCGUGAUCAUGUUCUUCUCCAUGGCUAGAUGCCAAGGGGAUCAUUUUCAAUCAACCCCAAGUCAUAACAGCAUGAAUUAAUGGAAUUUGAUGGCACACAAGUAGCUAGUAAUGCUCCGCUUAUCUUUUGGAUCAACAGGAGGUCUUUCCACUUUUGGGUUGCACUGUUCGUUUAUGUUUCCAGUUAUCAUCUGUUAUAUGGGUCUCCCAAGUAGCUCAUUCUUUUCUCAGAAAUUGUGAUGCUCUUCUGGUGUGCAAACUUGCAUCAUAACUAGAAAAUCUUCACACAUCAUAUACUUCUCAAUAGUAAUGAGAAUUAAGUAUAAUGACCUAUUCAUCUUGGGUGAACGAGAUAACUUAGGACCUAGAAUUUGCAAUGUUUUCUUAGCCAGCUGCCUAAACAAAUGACGGCUGUACUUCAUAAAGUAUUGCAGAGGAUUAUGAGCGAGUCGUUCGAAAGAUCCCUUAGAACUGGUUGGUAAUACGACCACCUUCACUUUGUGUGAUUAUGCAUCAUCAUACGGGCAGGGCCUUAGCGUAAUGUUUCUAUGGACUUUUGAAAUAGAUGAGCAUGUUAUAGAGAUUUGUGAUAUUUUCUUGGCAAUUAGCAGGGAGUUUGAAAUUCGAUCCAACAGAGGAGGGGGGAACAUUGCUGAAACUAUAGAAAGUCCUGAUUUUCUUUUCUAUUUUGUACACCGUUUUUUUCUAUCAUUUCAUUUUCCUGUGUUGUUUGUUGGAUUUUUGAUAGUACGCCUUUUACAGAAAUUCCUUUCUGAAUAUUCAGGUUCCUGAUGAAAUUCUAAUCGACAGAUGUGUUGGAAGAAGGAUGGAUCCAGUAACCGGGAAGAUUUACCAUGUCAAAAACUUUCCUCCUGAGACGGAAGAAAUUAAAGCUCGUCUUAUAACCCGUGCAGAUGAUACUCAAGAAAAGGUAGAAACCGAUAUUCUUCUUUUUUAUAUAAAAAUAAAUUCAAAUGCAAAUAUUUAUGGAAUAUUCAUAGUUCUGUACCUCAUCGUAUAGUUCACGUAAUUACCUCCAACGCAAAGUCGAUGCUUUAAUAUGAUAAAUAUUACCUUUACGACUGUAUUUGGUAUCUACAUUAAGAAUGGUCGUUCGGAUGUAGUGAGCAUCUUGAUUAGAACAUUCAAGUGAUAGAUUCUUCUGAUUUAUGUUGUAAUGUGGAGGUUUUUAAGAUUUUUCCAAAAAUGUAGUUACUUCCAUUGCACAAUUUUUCUUGUUAUGAGAGUUUGACCUAAAUCAGCUGAUAAAUCUACAGAAGGAAAAAAAGAGAAAAAGCUGAUAAUGCAACGUCAACUCUUUGAUGCCAUAAUAGGGAUCCCACGAGUAAAUGUCUGAGGAUCCGUUUUCUGAGAAGAAAUAAGCACUUCGCAUUGGAAAAUUUUAGAUUUCACUGCACUAUUUCACGUGCUUGUAUGCCGAGAUACACUAUCAAGUCAUCUUUGUUUUCUUCAUCGGUUUUGUGCUUUCGCAAUGUUUCCAUGGAUCUUCAAUUGAAUCUAACUUAUGCUCUCUGUGCAUAGGUUAAAUCACGUCUAGAAACAUACAAGAGAAAUACUGAAUCCAUCGUAUCAACAUAUUUGGAUGUGUUGAAUAAGGUAUACAUACUUGGGAUUGAUUGUUAGUAGAUUGCCGUCAUUAUUAUUGAAAACUUACAUGAUGAGUUCAAUGAAAAACUGAUGGUUUUUUAUUCUCACAGAUUGAUGGAAAUUAUGGAAGAGAAAUAGUGUUCAGGGAAAUAGACACGUUGCUUCAGCAGAUCCAACCAGAUUCUGGAGAGGACUCCACACAAGGUUUGAUGAAAAGUACAUGCACAGAUCGUGUCCAGAAAUUUUCAUCAUCUUGUGUUGUCACAGGGGUUGAGUAG